UGGCAGAUUAAAAGCAAAGUCUUAAAUAGAGAGAACAACUCUAAAACUAACAAAAUAAAAAAAAAUAAAAUCAAAAUCAAAACGACACCCAACAGUAAUCUCUCUCCUCUCGUUUGGUUUCGAUAUCUGUUUCUUUUUAUUAUAUUUUACUAUUAUAUCUCGGAUUUCGGAAUAAGCCAGUUCCCUUUUGUAAAUCAAGAUCCGAAGAAACUGAACAGGUAUCAGCUGACUCAGGUUCUGUAUAUAGCUCUUAACACAAGGACAAUUGGUUAGUCUUGUUACACCCAUAGGAGAUAAGAAAAAUGGACUCACAUGACGAGAUAGGGUGCCAAACUCCUGAAGGUCCCAUUCUAUGCAUUAACAACUGUGGCUUCUUCGGAAGUGCUGCUACCAUGAAUAUGUGCUCCAAGUGCCACAAGGACAUGAUCCGGAAGCAGGAACAGGCCCAAUUUGCAGCAUCAUCCAUUGGGAAUAUUGUGAAUGGCAGCACCAGUGGGACUGAAAAGGAACCCAUUGUUGAUGGUAAUGUGGAUAUACAAGCUGGACUUGCGAAGACUAAUAUCUUCUCAAUAAAACCAUCCAGUGAUUUAUCCUUUGGACAGAAUAUGGAGAUGAAGCCAAAGGAGGUUCCUAACAGGUGUGCUUCUUGUCGAAAGCGGGUUGGUUUAACUGGGUUCAAUUGCAGGUGUGGGAAUCUCUUUUGUGCUGUUCACCGAUAUUCUGACAAGCAUGAAUGUCCUUUUGAUUAUCGAACAGCAGCUAGGGAAGCAAUUGCUAAAGCCAACCCUGUUGUCAAGUCAGAGAAGCUUGAUAAGAUCUAGGAGUCAUGAUCUGAACAUUUAAGUAAUGGGUUACAAUGCUCUCUUUCUAUGCAUGCGUCUCCACAUAAUUUGCUUCUUGUCUUGUUAGGUGUCCUUUAUUGCUAUAAAUUGUUUAGAUAAUGAUUUUUAGGACAUCAUUGCAGUUAUAUCUCGUUAAUUUGCAAGGAGCAUUCCGUUGUUGGCUACAGCGUGUAAGUUUCAAUUUGUGCUGGUUUGAUGGAUAUCUGUGUGGUUUCUUUAUAGUGGUGAUUUCUGGUUAGUAUGCAUUUCUUCAAGUGGUAAUUAAAUAUGGUCUUUGUAGCAA